UUGUAGUUAGUACAUCGUGGAUGACGGACUUUUCAUUCUAAAUAACUGCAACGUAAGCCGUAAUGUUUAUCACGGCAAAAUUUGUUACCAUAUUUUUGGGGUUGGCCCUAACUGCCUUCACUGUAUCGACCAUAGUGUUGGCUGUACAGAAAUCAAAUCUACAAAAUGAACUACAAGAGACAAAAGAUAAGUUGGAAUUGUUAGAGGAGGCUCUGAAGACUACAACAACCACUUCUCCAACUACUCCUCCAACCACGGAAUCUCCUACAACAGAAAUUGUAACAACAGUAACAACACCCACACCUGACCCUGAAGAGAAAAUCAAUUACCGUUUGCCGGAAACAAUGUAUCCCACAGCUUAUGAUCUGUAUUUACAUCCAAAUGUAGAAACUGGUAAUUUCUCUGGCCAAGAAGAGAUUGAAAUUAGUUGUACCGAAAACACCAAUCGAAUUGUGUUACACUCCUUGUACAUGACCAUUAAGAGUGUGUAUCUUCAGGGCGCUGGCACCAGUGUAAAAACCCAUUAUUUGGAUUCUGUGCGUGAAUUUUUGGUCAUCGAACUUAACGAUGAAAUUGUGGCACCUCGUAAUUUUAUCUUGGGCAUAAUAUUUGAAGGCAGUAUGAAAAAUAAAAUUAUUGGCUUGUAUUCCUCCUCGUAUCUGAAACCUGAUAACAGUGUAAAAUGGAUUGCUUCUUCGAAAUUUGAACCCACUUUUGCCCGUCAGGCAUUCCCCUGUUUCGAUGAACCUGCUCUAAAAGCAACAUUUAACGUUACAUUGGUCUAUCCCAACACUGGCGAUUAUCAUGCUCUAUCCAAUAUGAACAUCGAGGCCAUCAAAAAUCAAGGAGCUUAUAACGAAGCCUACUUCAGCCAGAGUGUACCAAUGAGCACAUAUUUGAGCUGCUUUAUUGUUUCCGAUUUUCUACACAAGACUGUUCAAGUGGACACCAAAGGCAUUGGCGAAGAGUUUGAACUACGUGUAUUUGCCACACCCGAACAAUUGCAUAAGGUUGAUUUUGCCUUGGAUGUGGGCAAAACCGUUAUUGAAUAUUAUAUUCAAUAUUUUAAAAUUCCCUAUCCUUUGCCUAAAUUGGAUAUGGCUGCCAUACCGGAUUUCGUUUCCGGUGCUAUGGAGCACUGGGGUUUGGUAACUUAUCGCGAAACUGCUUUACUAUUCGAUAAAGAUGUCAGUUCUACUGCCAACACCCAAAGAAUUGCCGGGGUAAUUGCGCAUGAAUUUGCCCAUAUGUGGUUUGGUAACUUGGUCACCAUGAUGUGGUGGAACGAUUUGUGGUUAAGUGAAGGUUUUGCCAGCUACAUCGAAAACAAAGGUAUCGAGGCCGCCUUUCCGGAAUGGAAAAUGCAGGAUCAGUUUAUUAUAUCCACGGUGCAUGGUGUCUUGAGUCUAGAUGCCACGCUAGGUGCCCACCCCAUUGUGCAAACGGUUGCAAAUCCCGAUCAAAUUACGGAAAUCUUUGAUACAAUCACCUACUCAAAGGGCUCCUCGAUCAUACGCAUGUUGGAAGACUUUUUGGGACCUGAUAAAUUCCAAGAGGCCGUUACAAACUAUUUGGAAGAAUUCAAAUACAAAAAUGCUGUCACCGACGAUUUCCUAACAGUAAUCGAUAAGUUGAACAUGGGCUUUGAUGUCAAGGCCAUUAUGCGUACCUGGACCGAACAAAUGGGUUUGCCAGUGGUGGAAGUUGCAAAGAUAUCCGACACUCAAUACAAACUGACACAAAAGCGUUUCUUCUCCAAUCCCGUUGACUACGAAGGCAUAUAUAAUGACUCGCCAUUCAAUUACACCUGGUCCAUACCAAUCACUUAUAAAACUAGUGCCACCGCAGAAGUACAGCGUGCAUGGUUUUAUUUUGACAAUACUGAAAUCACUAUUACUCUGCCCAGUGCAGUGGAAUGGAUUAAAUUCAAUUAUAAUCAAGUUGGUUACUAUCGUGUGAAUUAUCCGACUGAGAUGUGGGAAAAUUUAGCUGACAAACUGGUAGAAGAUCCCAACAUAUUUUCUGUGGGAGAUCGUGCUUGUUUGUUAAACGAUGCUUUUGCGCUGGCCGAUUCCACACAACUGCCAUAUAAUAUGCCUCUAGAUAUGACAAGAUACUUAAGCAAAGAAGAUCAAUAUGUUCCCUGGAGUGUAGCUGCCUCGAAAUUGACCUCCCUUAAACGUACACUUAUGUUUACCGAUGCCUUUGUGGACUAUAACGCCUACGCCAGAAAUUUGGUGGAACAAAUUUACGAGAGUGUUGGUUGGACAGUGGGAGAUGAUCAUUUGAAAAACCGUCUACGUGUAACCAUUUUGAGCACCGCUUGCUCAUUAGGCAUACCAGCUUGUUUGACCGAAGCCUCUAAUCAGUUUACAAAGUGGUUGGCAAAUCCUUCCGAACGUCCCCAUCCCGAUAUUCGUGAAACUGUUUACUACUACGGCAUGUUUGCAUUGGGAAAUGAGGAAGUAUGGAAUCAAGUGUGGGAUCUUUUUGUAGCUGAAAAGGAUGCCAGUGAGAAGGUCAAGUUAAUGUACGGCUUAUCAGCAGUACAAGAACCCUGGAUACUGAGCAGAUACAUCGAUUUGGCCUGGUUUGAGAAUAAUGUACGCGGUCAGGACUACUUCUCCUGCAUACAAAAUAUUGCUGGCAAUCCAAUUGGUGAGCCUAUUGUAUGGGAUUAUGUGCGUGAACAUUGGCCCCAGUUAGUUGAACGCUUUGGCAUUAAUGAACGUAGUUUGGGCAACAUGAUUCCAUCUAUAACAUCUCGCUUCUCAACACAAACCAAAUUGGAAGAAAUACAAAAUUUCUUUGCCAAAUACCCCAAUGGUGGUGCUGGUACAGCAGCUCGUGUCAGGGCUUUGGAAAAUGUCAAGAAUAACAUUGCCUGGUUGGAAAAUAAUCUUUCGGUGGUGCGUGAUUGGUUGCAGUAUGGAAAUAGUCCUGCAUUUAUGUAUAAUGGUAAAAAGGAUUGUAGCAUGUUGCCACGAUCAAAAUUAUUACACAUAAUUUUGUGUUGGGGCCUGGUAGCCUUUGGCGUAUCGACUGUUGUUUUGGGCAUUCAACAAUCUCAAUUAACUGCCUCCAUUAAAGAUGCCGAAGAGAAAAUGGAUUAUAUGGAAGCUCAAUUGCUGGGUGAAGUUAAGCCCCGUCACAGACGAGAAAUAGCCCUUGAUAAUGUCAUUGAUUUUGCAGUUGAUGAUGAUGAUAAGAUAAAUUAUCGUUUGCCAAGUGCUUUGAAACCCCUCUACUAUAAUUUGUACUUGCACCCUGAUAUAAACACUGGCAACUUUACGGGUCAGGAAGUUAUAAAUAUUGAAGUUUUGGAGGAAACUGAUGAAAUCAUUUUGCAUGCGAAUAAAUUGAAAAUUAGCAAUGUUUAUGUGACCGGCUACGAAGUAGAAGAGCACCACUUGGAUGAAGUGCGUGAAUUUCUGGUGAUAAAAUUGAAAACGUCUUUGAAGGCCAACACCAAAGUAAAUAUGGGUAUAAUUUUUGAGGGUCAAAUGUUGAAUAAGAUUGUUGGAUUGUAUAGCAGCACAUAUACGACACCAGAAAACGAAAAGAGAAAAAUUGCUACUUCCAAAUUUGAACCAACAUAUGCACGCCAAGCGUUUCCCUGUUUCGACGAGCCACACUUGAAGGCUGCAUUUAAUGUAACUUUAGUGAGACCAACAGGUGAUGGUUACCACGCCUUAUCAAAUAUGAAUGAGGAGAGUUCACUAUUUUUGGGUCAAUACACCGAAGUAUACUUUGCAUCGAGUGUGCCCAUGAGCACUUACUUGACAUGUUUUAUUGUUUCUGAUUUUGAUUCAAAAAAAGAGAAAAUCAAUGCAGCUCAUGGCGAGGAUUUUGAAUUGCGUAUCUUUGCUACCAAACACCAACUCGAUAAGACGAAUUUCGCCCUCAAGACUGCUGUAGCUGUCACAGAAUUCUAUAUAGAAAACUUUAAAGUGGACUAUCCUUUACCGAAAUUAGACAUGGCAGCCAUACCCGACUUUGCUUCGAAUGCCAUGGAACAUUGGGGCUUAUUGACUUACCGUGAAACUGCUCUAUUGUACGAUCGUAGUUUUAGUUCGACUUGGAAUAAACAACGUACUGCCGCCGUAAUUGCCCAUGAGUUGGCUCAUAUGUGGUUCGGUAAUUUGGUAACCAUGAACUGGUGGAAUGACUUGUGGCUAAGCGAAGGCUUUGCCCGCUUUAUGGAAUAUAAGGCUAUAAAUACGGUCUACGAAGAUUGGGGUUUGCCCGACCAAUUUUUAGUGAAUGCUCUACAUGGUGUCAUGAAAUACGACUCAUCGGUGGCCUCUCAUCCCAUUGUGCAGACAGUCGAAAAUCCCGAUCAAAUUACCGAAAUUUUCGAUACAAUAAGUUAUGAAAAAGGUGCCUCCGUUAUCCGUAUGUUGGAAGAUGUUGUCGGUACUGAGAAAUUCGAACAAGCCGUUACAAAUUAUUUGACCAACUUUAAAUUCAAAAACGCCAUUACUGAUGAUUUUAUCAAUGAGGUGGCAAAUACUGGUUUAGACUUUGAUGUUAAAUUUAUGAUGCGUACUUGGACUGAGCAAAUGGGUCUGCCCGUCAUCAAUGUGAAACGUACAUCGCCAACCACAAUUGAAUUGACACAACAGCGCUUCUUUUCAAACAUUGAAGAUUAUGACAUCAUUUAUGUAGACUCCGAAUUCAACUACACUUGGACCAUACCAUUGACCUACAUCUACGACCAUGAUGAAAGUGUGCGUCGCAAAUGGUUCAAUUUUGAUGAUAAAUCAGUUUCAGUUGCUGUGCCUAUCGAAACUAAAUGGCUAAAGUUAAACAGUCAUCAAGUGGGCUACUAUCGCGUCAAUUAUGAGAACUCAAUGUGGCAAGAAAUUAUUAAAGAUUUAGUAGCAACACCUGAGAAAUUCGCAAGUGCUGAUCGUGCUCAUUUGCUUAAUGAUGUCUUUUCGUUGGCCGAUGCCAAUCAAGUUUCUUACGAAAUCGCUCUCAAUAUGACUACAUACUUGAGCAAAGAAAAAGAUUUUGUUCCCUGGUAUGUGGCAGCCACCAAAUUGCAAGCCUUGCAGGGCAAUCUUAUAUUCACCGAUUCGUAUUUGGACUACUUGAAAUACGCUCGUGGUCUCAUUAACAAAGUGUACCAGGAGGUUACAUGGACUGUCGAUGAGGACAACCAUUUAAGAAAUCGCUUGAGAGUUAGCAUUUUAACUGCUGCCUGUUCUUUGGGAAUGUCUGAUUGUCUGAAAGAAGCCUCUACGCGUUUUACCAACUUCUUGGCUAAUCCUGAAAACAAACCCGAUCCAGAUUUACGGGAAAUUGUUUACUACUAUGGUAUGCAACAUGUUGGCAAACAGAAGGAAUGGGAACAAUUGUGGGACUUGUUCAUAACUGAACAAGAUGCCAGUGAGAAACUAAAACUGAUGUACGGUUUGUCUGGUGUUAAAGUACCCUGGCUGCUCAGAAGAUUUAUUGACUUGGCUGAAAAUGAGAACUACGUGCGUCGCCAAGACUACUUUACAUGCAUACAAAAUAUUGCUGGCAAUCCUGUGGGAGAACCCGUUGUAUGGGAAUUUGUUCGUGAGCAUUGGGAGGAUUUAGUUGCUCGUUUCACGCUGAAUGAACGUUAUAUGGGUCGUAUGAUACCAGCUAUUACGGCACGUUUCUCCACCGAAACUAAAUUGGAGGAGAUGGAAGCAUUCUUUGCCAAAUAUCCUGAGGCUGGCGCUGGUACAGCUUCUCGCCAACAAGCUUUAGAAACUGUUAAAUACAAUAUCAAUUGGAUGAAAACAAACUUGGAUCAAGUUACCCAAUGGUUGGCCAAGCAAUAA